GAAAGUUCGUAGUACGUAAACACUUUAUUGUUGUCAGUGAUGUACUACUUUGCUUGCAAACAAGAAUGUGAACAUAUCUUUUUUAAAGAAGAAACAUAGUUAGUUUAAGAAUAAUAUACAUAUAUGUUUACAAAUCAUACGUAGAUAUUUAUGUUUAAAUUUUUGUAGCAUGGAGGUUAUAGAUUACAGUGAAGAAGCACAGCAAAUGGAAGAGAAUGAAAAUCAUAUUGAAGAAACGGAUAAUAAUGAAAAUUCUGAAAGUAAUGACAACCGUGUCAUUAUUGUAACAACCGAAGCUUCGACGGAAGAUAUAAAAGAUGAUGAUGAAUCAAAGGCAAAGAAAGCUAAAGAAACAACUACAGACGAGUCUGAAGUUGAUUCUGAUCAAUGUUGCCCUAUAUGUAUGGAUCUAUGGACUAGCUCUGGAGAGCAUCGUUUGUGUUGUUUACGUUGCGGUCACUUAUUUGGGCAUAGUUGUAUUUUGAAAUGGUUACAAAAUUCUUGUACCAGUGCGAAUCGUCGUUGUCCUCAAUGUAACAGGAAAGCUGUUGUGAAAGAUAUUAGAAUGUUGUACGCCAAGAGAUUAACAUCGAUAGAUACUACUGAAUUAGACAAAUUAAAAGACAGAGUGAACAAUGUAACAACUGAAAAAAAUCGUAUAGAAAUGGAGCUAUCAAAGUAUGCUCUCAGACAAAAGUUAUUCGAGCAACAAGUGUCUAGUAUGCAAAAUCGUAUAUCCGAACUAGAGAAUCAACAAUCAGAAAUAAGUCUUCAUUCCAAUGAAAACACUUCUAAACAUAUGAUUAAAAAAUUUCAUUUAGAUCGAUCUAUCGAGAUAUGUAAGGAUGGCGGUUGCCGUGUACUAGAUUAUAAUCCGUGGUAUGGAUUUUUAGUUGUAUCGCAGAAAUCAACAAACGCGUUAUUUUCGGGUUACGGUAUUAAAAAAAUCGACUCGGAUAAAUUUCAACCGCGUCAAUUCAUUUUUUUACAUUCUCAAGCUAUAAGGGAUGUUAUGUUUAACACGACACAGCAGUCGUUAUUACUUAGCGUCGGUUUUGACAAAUGCGCUAAAUUAAUGGACAUUCAAAAUAACAUUAUUGUGCACACAUUUCAAACAAGCUUUCCAUUGUGGAGUUGCUGCUGGUCAGGUGACAAUCCAAAUAUAUUUUUCACGGGGGCGCAAAAUGGAUCUAUAACGCAAUUCGAUAUUAGACAAACCUCUGGUGCUGUUGAAAUUCUGGACAGUCCAGGCGAUAGAUCACCAGUGGUUUCUCUAGCAACGGUGCCUGUUAACCCUGGUAGUGGCAUUAGUCGAGGUGGAUUCAUUGCAUGUCGCUUAAAUACAUGUUAUGCUUAUGAACAAAAGGAUUCGAAAUAUGUACCCAAACAAAUAUUCCUCGAAGGUCCAUUUGUAUCUGUGUGUUAUGAUGAAAAAAAUAAUCAUGCUUUAAUCUCUUCCCGUCCAAAUGCCAGGCAGCCUCAUGCUAGACAUGUUGUAUGCACAAUAGAAAAGGGCAACGAUGAAUCAGCUAUCUGUAAUAUUGUACAUACGUUUCAUGCGGGCAAUUCUCAUCAGUUAUUGUCUAGGCCGUGUUAUAUAAAUGUUGAAAACGACACAUUAGUUGCUGCGCAUCAAGAAUCCACCAGUUCUAUAUCAUUGUGGAGUAUAUCUGCCGGGAAACAAAUAAACAGUCUGCCUGUAUCUGAUCCUGUCGUGGAUAUGUGUGCGGUCGACGUUAAUAGUAAUUUAUUUUUAGCAACGCUUUCCGCAAAAAAAGUUCGAAUUUAUAAUCACGGAUAACUGUCAUUAAUACAAAAUUACAGUGGUGUAAGACUAAUUGCAAUGUUUAUAUUGCCUAAUCCAUGACAAAAACGUCUUUCAUACAUACACCAUAAGAUCGUAAUUUAAGAGGUAUAUGGUAUAACUGCA